CACUUUUACUCUUCAACCUACUUCAACUGCUUCUAUAAAUCUGGUAACAGAGUCAGAAAACUCUACAGCAAAACACCCACAAGACUUCAUACAACACAAUAUCCUAAACUGUGAUCAUCACUACAGCCCAGGCUAUCUAAAAGACGUCAAUAAUAUCAGAUUUGACUGCCAGCUUUUUAUCUUUCUCUUGACCAUUAAAACUUCACACUUCCUGGCGUGAUGGAGAAAGUCCAAUACCUCACUCGCUCUGCUAUAAGAAGAGCAUCAACCAUUGAAAUGCCUCAACAAGCACGUCAAAAUCUCCAGAACCUAUUUGUCAAUUUCUGUCUCAUUUUAAUAUGUCUCUUGCUGAUCUGCAUCAUCGUGAUGCUUCUCUGAAGCUCUGCAGUAACUCAAGUGUGCAAAUUAUCACCAUCAACAUAAAAAUCUGUCAUCCAAUGAAGAGAGGAAAACAAUACCACGUAAAAGACCACUUCCUAAACAGAAGAAGAAUCUCCUUGUGAAGAUUCAUGAGAAAACAAUUUGUUAGAAAAUGUGUUCAUCUGCUGGAUCUUGUAAACAUGAAAACUUUACUUUCCUAAAUUAACUUUUAAAUGACUACUAGUGUGCAUAGUGCAAGUGUUAAUUUCUUCAAAACAGCUUACAAGUUUCUAUCCCAAAUCUUUUCUAAGGGUGAAUUAGUUUGUUUUUCAAAUUUCACUGAUAAACUUUGCUUCAAAUGCACAGCAUUACCUUCACUCUUUUGGAUAAAUGUAACCUAGAUAUUAUAGUAAAAUCUUCCUUGAUAUUUAUUAUAUUUCAGGUCUUUACCAACUAUCAAAAUAUUUAUUCAAGUGACAUAUCAUAAUUUGAAGUAUCUCCCCAACUCAUCACAUCUAUUGUCAUCAUUAAUCUUCAAUCAAUACCUAUAUUAUAAAAUAGAAAUUAUACCUUUUCUCUACUAACAUGUUUAAAUGUUUAUGAAAAUCUAGUAGCCAAAAUAAAUUUUUCCACAAUUAUAAUUAUAAAAAUAAAAUUUUCUAAGCUUUACUGUCUUCCAAGAAUUACAGAAUUCUUGGAACCAGAGAAAUAUUACUGUGUGCACCUUGCGGCCAAACUCGGUUUGAUCCCCAACACCAAAUAUGACUCCUCCAGUCCUACCAGGAGUGAUCCCUGAGCACAGAGGCAGAAGUAAGCCCUGAGCAGAGUUAGGUUUGUCCCCACUAAAAUAAAGAAUUCUAGUAGAUGGAGGCAAACCAACUAUCUGUUUUCUUUAGGAUAUUAUGAUCAACAGGUGAGAAGUGUUCAUUUAAACAUCUAAUAGUGUCCAGUUAUCAUUAUUAAUAAUUAAUAAAUCUAAGUUUAAGACUGCAGUCAAUUAUCAAGUACUUGGUGAAAUUUUGCUAUAUAAUCACAAAAUCUUAAGACUUUAGAGUGAUUUUAUAUAGGUUGUCUUCUAGCUUCACAAUGUAGCAAUAUAAAAAAUAAAAAUUGUUUCCACCAUUGAGAAAAUUAAACUUGAAUUUUCUCUCAAAAUUAACUAAUUUUCUCAUUAGAUUUUGAAACGAACUGCCUGUUCUACAGUUAUUUAUGAUAGUAUACAGCAAGUUUUCUUACUCUGUCAACCAGAUAAUAAACAUCUAUUUGUAAGGGAAGUCUGCAAUUCUACUAUAAAGAAGACAUAAAGAAGACCCAGGAAAGCCAAUCUAUCAAUUAUUUUGCAAAAUAUUUGCUCUGGUUACUGAAAAUGUCUUCAAGAACUCAUCAGAAUAAUCAAUAAUUUGUGUUGAAUUCACCAAAAUUUAAAAUGUAAGUUGAGUCAGUUUAAAAUCUAAGAUCAUUCAUUCCUCCAUUCUAUAAUUCAAUUUUGACUUCAGUUAUAUUUACAUAGUAAUAAUUAGAAAAGAUACUAAAAGAAUCUUAAAAUCAAUAUUGACCUAAAUUUGCAACACGAGUGCUGUUAUCAGAAUAGUACAGGAGACAUAGCUUUAAAUUUUUUCCUGAAUUUCUCAGAGGUACUAGAGCUACAGAACUGAACAGUGGUGACCCAUAGAUAUCUAAGAGGGAAGAGGGGUCUCAUACUGCCAUGAGAAUUUCUUAAGCAAGCCUCAUUUAUGGGUGGAGAGCCCUAAUAACACUAACAAAAACUUCUUCAAUUAGCUAUACUGAUCUUAAAAAUAUGUGGAAAUUUUGAUAUAAAUUGUUUCUUUCAUCACAAUGUUCUCAUUACAACAUCAAUUUCAAACUAUAAACUGUGAAGAAAUGAUUUUUCCUAAGUAAAACUGAAAUAAUAUUUUUGCUUUCAUUCUGCCUUUAAUAGAAAUUUUAACUAUAUGCUUAUUGGUUAUAGAAUACUCCAACUCAGAUGAUCAAGUAGAAUAAAAAGCUCAUUCUCUUAAUGGAACUUACUAUUUACCCUGGUGCCCACUCAAGUAAAUGGAUGAACAAUGGGACAACAGUGCUACGACAGUCUUGAUGUGCUACUAUUUAUCCUGAUGUGUAAAGAUUAAGUUAUA